AUGAAGAAACGUGCGUCCGACGACAAGAGCACUCCGGUAUUCCUCUUCGUUAACAAGACCCAAAAAUCAAAAUCCCUGUCCAAAAGUGAUGGGGUCAUUGCCAAACAGAUUAAUCGCCAUGCCCAAAAUUUCCGGACACGUAAAAUCGAGGCCCAAAGGAUCGACUCGGCCUUAACCAGCUCCUCUUCUGCACGUCGAAUUGCGUUGGAUGGCUGGAAUAGGAGAGAAUCUGGGGAAAGUGCGAGUAGCGAUGAAACGUCAGAAGAGUCCUCACCUCAGGACAAGUCGACAGCCGCACCGGCCACACCUUCGGCAAACACACCCUCUGACGACGGUGUGGUUUCUUCCAACCUGAGACCAGAUCAACCGCUUGCACAGUCACGACAUGGACACUCUUCCUCUUUCGUCGCCCUGAUCAGUGACCGGGAUGGGGGUGCCCAAGAGAGUUGGCCCACUCGCUCUGUUGAAGGACAGGCAAUUGAGCUCAACUCGCCAGUCUAUCGGGCCAACUUUUCGUCUUACGAUUGUGUCGACCCAUUUGGGAGUACACCAAUUAAAAUCACUAACAAGAUUCACACUGUCCUUCAGUACACCCUUCGGAUAUAUGCAUACUCUGGCAACAACUACAAGUUGGCUUUCUUACCUCCACACGUGAGAGCUACCAUCUCUCAAUUUCCUAUCGGGGCCGUGGUCCAGCGUAGCGUCUUCAAGGAACACCAUCUAUACGCUCUGAUGGCUGCGAUGACUGCGCGACUCAAACACGUCUUUGACGUGUCCCCUACUGGAGAAGAUCCCCAGGUGAUUCGGGCUGCGGCUUCACAUUAUCUGAGGCUGGAGUUGAUGCGCUGUGCUCGAUCAGGAACGGUCGACAAACAGACCAUCUUAGACAUCUUGUAUCUCGCCGUCAACGAAAUGCAAUAUGGUCUGUAUGAAGAUGUGCGAAAACAUCUACAGAUUGUGGGCAAACUCUAUCACCUACUCGACCUGAACGAACAUCUGGAUCGGUGGAUUUCAGAAACUGCAGCUCACGUGGACAACCAACUCGCCCUCUCCACCAACAAGCGACCAAUUUUGGCCAGCACCUUCGACCCGGGCCCGAUGUUGCCCGAACGCAUGGCUAUACUACGGAGAGAAGCCCAACUCCUCAGGCAGAGCGAAUAUUAUCCCAACCCGACCAGACUAAUUGUGCCAUCUGGUCCUAAAGGUUCUAUGGGGCUUAAUGAUGCCAUGUCGGACAUCUCACGUACACUGGACGUCCGGAUGGGAUCUGCUUUCAUGGUUGGCCUCAAAGCUGGAGCGUUUACUGGAGAGCUGAGUCACGUUGUGGCAGACCUCGUCGAUUGCAUCGAGAUUGCCAAAGUCGUUUGGCUAUCUCCUCUAGCCGUCUGCUUUGAUGCAGAAUGGCUGUGCAGAAAGGCCCGGGCGGUCUUGCGCGCCUUGCUCGCUCUGGCUCCAGAAAACAAUGUGGGGCCAGUGGACUUGGCCAGCAAGUGUAUGGAGUGCGCAAGAUUGUGCCUGAUGGUUCUGAUGACUUAUGCUUGCACCUUGAUCGGACCUCAAACAGCCAAGCUGAAUGUUAAGAGACAGUUACUCGCCAAAAAGGCGGCCUUGGGACAUUGGUGUCCUUACAUUGGAUGGACAGAAGAGUGUGUCCCUGUGGAUCCCAAAAGGCGGCUGACUUAUCUCGAGGAGCUGCAAGCCGGUUUUGUCUUUUGGUCAAUGCUGACCUCAAUCUGGUCUUGCCAAGGGGCUUCGGCGGAAGAAGAAUGGUUCAUGGUACGAGCUGUCAACAUGUGUCGAUACUUCGGCUAUACUACCUACGAAGACUUGCACGACCACAUGUCACAGUAUCUGUACUCCAAAACUCUGGCAGAGCAGGCUCUUCGGAGAGUGGCAGAUAAAGUUCAGACGGUACCGAAAAACCGGUUCUACGCCGCGGCUUGA